AAAGGCUCGUGUGCAUAUUUCGCAGGCCUGAUAACCCUGGCAGUCAGAUCAUCCCAGCGGACAGUAUUGAAAGAGACACCGUAGAGAUCAGACCAAAAAGACCGCGAGUGAAAAUGAAGAAGAUUGCAGUGAUUGGAGCUGGAGUUAAUGGACUGUGCGUAGCUGUUCAGCUUUCAGAGCACUUCUACAGUGAUACCCAAGUCGUGCUUGUAUCCGAAGACAUUUCCCCCAAUACCACAGGGGAUGGCUCUGCUGGCCUCUGGCAGCCUUAUCUCGUCAGUCUCGAUGAGAGUGUUUUGAAAUGGUCAGAAGACACUCAUAGAUUUUUCCAUGAUCUCUGGAAAAAUGGCCUUGCCCAUGAAACAGGUGUUUGUCUCCAGCCAAUGAUUCGUGUUGUGAGCAAUGCCAAAAACUACGAAAUUCCCAAAUGGUCAAAAAUCCCAUUUGGUUGCACUUCCCUGUCGGAGGAUCAGCUGAAGCUCCUCAGUCAGGAACAUAAGAAAAACUACACUGGAGGCAUUCAUUUUGUCUCAUUCACAUGUGAACCGACAAAAUUGCUGCCAUACCUGUUCAAGAGAUUCCUCAAUGCUGGAGGACGCUUCGAGCGGAAACUGGUUGAAUCCUUUGACGAUAUAGCCCGUGAAGAAUACGACUUAAUAGUGAAUUGUUCGGGUCUUGGAGCUCAAAAACUCGCCAAUGACCCUAAAGUUUAUCCAGUUCGUGGUCAGGUGACGAGAGUCAAAGCUCCCUGGCUCUUCUCAACAUACGUGGAUGAUGCUGACGAUGGCAACUACAUCAUCCCAAAUUCUGAAACCACAGUCCUCGGUGGGACUCACCAGGAGCACGAUUACAACACCCAAGUGUGCCCAGCUGAUGACAAAUUCAUCCAGGAGGGCUGUGAAGCCAUCGAACCCUCUCUAAAAGAUGCCAAAGUGGUCACAAAAUGGGUUGGAUUGAGACCUGCAAGAGACGACAUUCGCCUGGAAAAGGUUCUCUUCACCACCAAAGACGGCAAAAAAGUCCCCAUUAUCCACAACUACGGCCACGGCGGAAGUGGGGUAUGUCUAUCAUGGGGCUGUGGAAAAGCUGUCCUGCAACUUGUCCAGGCAACCUUCCAAGAAGACCUCAAGAGCAAACUAUAAUCAUCGAAUACAAUGUCCUUUAAUGAAUCCAUUUAAUUACAUGAAUAAAAAUGCAUAAAGUAGUCACUCCCUUCA